AAACAACAUAUAUAUUGAAGAAACCCAAAAAAAAAAAAAAGGAAAGAGGUAGGUGAACUUUGACUUGGUAGGUGAAGUAGAAGAAUCGAAUCUAUAUACAUAAAAACAGAGAAAUUAGAAGAAGAAGACGAAAAAGAGAGAAGAAAUGGGGGGAGGAAUAUACGGGGCAGUGAUGGAGGAGAUAACGUUGUACACGGGACUUUCACCGGCAGCCUUCUUCACAAUCGCAGGGAUGAUGGUUGUGGUUUACAGAAUUGUCAGCGCAAUGUUUGUGGGGCCCGAAGACUACAACAAGCCUCCCAUGGCGGCGAGCAUCGGCACCGAUUCCAAUUUGGUUAACAAGUACUUGAACCUCAACCAAACCACCACCACAACUCCGACGCAAAUGGGAGACAUGACGGAGCAACAAUUGAGAGGCUUUGAUGGUUCUGAUCCCAAUAAGCCUCUGCUCAUGGCCAUCAGAGCUCAGAUCUAUGACGUCUCUUCCUCCAGGAAUUUUUAUGGUCCUGGGGGACCGUACGCAAUGUUUGCUGGAAGAGAUGCUAGCAGAGCUUUAGCUCUUCUGUCCUUCAAACCCCAAGACAUAAAUGGCAACAUUGAAGGUCUUGGUCCCGAUGAACUUGAGAUUUUACAGGACUGGGAAGAUAAAUUCAUUGAAAAAUAUCCCAAUGUUGGGAAGCUUGUAGCAGAGCCAACAAAGACUGAGCAAACUGAAGCUCAACAGCAAGGAAUUGGGCAAGAACAAUAGAGAGGGGAGGAGAUGAGAGGAGAGGCUAAUCUGUUGGUAUCUAAAUCUAUCAACUGUUAUUUCUUCUGAAUCUUAACUUUGCGGUUGUUUGUUGCUAUUAUUGUUCAUGUAAAUAUGGUAGGUAAUUAGAGCAUCUUUAACCGAUAUGUUAAAUUGCAACAUCGAUAUAAAAUAAAGACUCCACUCCCUUCACAGUGGUCAGCCCUUCCAUCCCA